GAACUAUAUACAAUCAAUGAGCAAACAGUUUCUUUGAUUAAUGCAAAUCAAUGCUAACAAUUUAUUCCUAAUCCGCAUGAACACACCGCCAUGAGAGAUCGAAAUUUUUCCCACUAGAUAUUUCUUAAAUCUUAUCCAUAAUUCCAUAUCCAACAAAAAUAUUGCCGGUGGGUCCGCUUCUCAUAUUCAGACAUACAGCACUUCAUUUUUGCAGUUGAAAACACCAAAAAAAAAAUCCGUCGCUCUCUACGAACUCAAAAUUUUCUCUCAAACAAAUUUCUACGAAGCUACUUGGUUUGUAUGUCGAGCGCAUCGGAGUUAUUUUAUAGCAGGAGGUCUCGUUUAGGACGUGAAGAAUCUGAAUUAGGAUUUGGUUCUUCUUUAUCUUCUCCUCUUGAUAGAAAUUAUCACUUGAAUCAUGGCCGUCGGAGAUAUCAUUAUCGUCAACAACAACAGCGUCGUGAUACCACCGAACAUUGUGAGCGACGAUCUCCACACUUGAGGCAGCAUCUCUGCGAUCGUGAACAUGAUUCAGUUCGAACUGAAAAUGCUACCAGUCAACCAGGUACAAGAAACAGUAGGAGCAUCGAAGUUUUGCAUAAUAGACCCAAUCGGCUGACUUCUCCUCACAGUGAUCGAUUACCUGGAGCAGUACUACUAGCCAGGGAAAGGCUUGUUGAGAGACUUAGAGGUGUAUCCAUCGCAGCGAACAGACAAAAUAACAGGCUUUCAUCUCGGAUUUCUUUGGAUGAGUCCUCCUACCCUGAUGACUUAAGGCGCACUGAUGCAGCGGAUUGGGAUACUGAAACAUCAAGGGAGCGGUUAGCUGAAGUCAGUAACCUGUUUCCCGACUCAUCUACCCGAUCAUCAUCAGUACAAGUUUCAAAAUCAAAGAGGGCGACAGGACUCAGCUCAGAAGAGGUGGAUAGUCUACCACAAGAAUUUUUCAGCACCGAAGUAGAAUCUGAAGUUAUUUCAGAAGCGGCAGAUUGUAGUAUAUGUCUUGAGAAGUUUGGGGAGGGUGACAAGUUAAUUUGCCUGCCCUGUAGGCAUCGCUUCCACUUGGCAUGCUUAGAUCCCUGGGUUCGGAAAUGUGGAGACUGCCCAUAUUGCCGAACACCUAUAGGUCAUCAUCAUAAACCAAUAAAUUAAGUACCAUCCAGUUCUUUCUGAAAUGUUGUAGUACUACAUUUAACUAAUUUCUUCCCCCUUGGACAGUUUGGUAGUUGUGAGAGAUCAACUUAUUUAACCGUUGUUUGUGUGAUGUGUAUAAUAAGAAGCUGGCCUGGCACUCGACUGAUUAUCCUUUUUUGGUUCAGCUUUGAGUAGAGUUGUCCUGGAAAAUUCUCUCUGGUAGGGUUGAGGAGUCUAAUGGUAAGAGUUACGUGAUUGUGAAGGCAUCUCUCAUGGACCUAUCAUAUUCAAUUGUUAUCAGGCCACAAGCAAUAACCCGUGAAACUGGUACACGAGCGUAUGUAUCCAAUGUUUUUUUUGAUAGACUUCUUUAUCAAUCUGUGAUUCUCCACCACUCUCUCUGAAAUUAAAUUCAAUGCAGCAUGUUUCAGGGUCCAUAUUUGUACAUAA